AUGGAAAGGAAAAGGAAAGCUAAGCAAUCUAGAGCCAUGGAAAGGAAGAUUCGCAAAGAUGAAAAGAUGGAGGAAAUGGGAACUUCCAUUCUUGAAAUACCUGAGGCCAUCCUUAUUGAUAUUCUGCUAAGGCUAGCUGUUAAGGCUAUCAUCAUGUGUAAGUGUGUUUGUAAACCUUGGCGCCGUGUCAUUUCAGACCCACAUUUUGCAGAGAUGCAUUUCUCCAGGGCGGAGUCUUGUCCCUUGAUUAGGGCCUCGGGUGGUUCCAAAGUUUCGAGAAUGCUUUACCUGAUUGAGCCAUCCGAAAUUAAUGUAAGCUGCUACGGUGAUGAAAAUUAUUCGUAUCCAGAAUAUGAAGAUGGAGUUAAUUUGAAGUUAGAUACUAGGUUGAAGAUCCCCCUUCGCAAUGUUGAAAUGGUGCCGCUUGAUCCCAAGCCUGAGCGCGGCUUCAAAAGACGUUGUGUAAAGGUGAUAGCAAAAGAGCACAAGUUUCAUAUUGUGAACUCGUGCAAUGGAUUUCUGUGUCUGUCGCAUCCUUUACAUAACAACCCUCUUCUAGUUUGUAAUCCAGUUACUGGUGAGUAUUUGAACAUUCCAAGGACAUAUGAAAGCAAUGAGAGGCCCAAUCAUGUGUGUUGCGGACUUGGGUACAGUGAGAGGACCAACCAAUUCAAAAUUUUUAAAAUAUCUUUCGGAGAAUCAGUAAUCGCUCCUUGUCCAAUAACAGGAAAAGAUGCUUGGCUUUUUAAGGUAGCUGAGGUACUCACACUUGGCACAAGUACUUGGAGAAGGAUUGGUCAUGCUCCAUAUUGUGGAGGUGGGUAUAAACUGACUUUUCUGACAUGUGUUGGUGGAUCUAUUUAUUGGCUUAAUAAGUACGCGAAGAAAGUUGAUUUGAUACAUUCAUUUGAUUUCAAUGAAGAGAAAUUCAGAGGGAUUAAACCACCUCCAGUUACAGACAUGCGCCGGCUAGAUCAAUCUUUGAUGACCUUGGGAAUGCUCGGAGGUAGAUUAAGUUUGUGCACUGGCUUAAUUGACAUGAAAGAGAUCCAAAUUUGGACUUUGGAGGCAACUGGUGAAUGCACUUGGAAAUGUUUUAAGACAGUUAACUUGGACAUUGUUGAUAGGUGGCCUCUAGGUUCAUACUUGCCUGUUAGUUUUUGCAAAGCUAAGAAGGGGCUUCUAAUGUUUCAGUCACCUAAAAGUGCCUUCAUUUAUGCUUCCUCUGAACGAGACAAGUUGAAGUAUUUCAGAAUUCAUGUGACCAAGGCGAAAUAUGAAGCUGUUGCCCACAUCCCUAGUUUUAUCUUGCUCAAGGAUGUUAUCAAAGGAGACUGUGUUGAGAUAUUAAACACCAAUUCAAGGUGCUCAGAAUUUAAAAUGCCGGGAGAAACCAAAGCUAUUUUCUUGAAGGAAGAAUGCCAGAUGUGGGAAUAGACACAGAUUGCUCAAGUUCCAGUUGCUUUGCCUUUGUCAAUGAAGACUGAUGUACUGCAGCUUAUGGGGGCACCAACCAACCUUAUGAAGACAUUACAUCAUAGCUUCAAUUUUCUUUUGCAUCAUAAUAAAUAAACAACGGAGUUUGGAAUCCAGAAAUUUCUCUCUUCUUUUCCUACUUUAUCAUCAGGAAACUCUGUUCUGUUUCUUUUAUGUGGAGGAUUAGCAAGUCCAUAAACAUCCGGCGAUUUAUAUGAAUGGCUAGUCUGUUAAAUUUCUAGUUCCUCCAUUUGAACCCUACUUCCUAGAAUGCUAUGCUUAAACGGGUUGUGUCUAAACCUUCAUUUUAUGACAAUAUACUCCCUUGAUCUCAUUUUAAUAGUCC